AGUCUCCUUGCACUAGGGAGGAAGCUGACGGCCCUGCUUAAGCACACAUUGAUUAAAGACAGGAGGAAUUUGAUAUCUUGCUUCUCCAAUCCCUGGAAUUCACCAAUUCAGUUUAGGGUGCAAGUCCAGGUUUCACUUGGAGACAACCAUCAGCCUGCACAAGGCUCAAAGGAGCGCGGACUCUGGGCCAGAGAUAGCAGUGAGGCAAUCAAAUGUCCAGCUUGCGAUUUAAGGUGGACUUCACUCCCAAGUCCAAACAGGUGCGUGAACAAAUCUGAGAGUCGCCUCUUUAAAUCUUGUGUGCUUGGCACCUCACCAGCCUGAUUGCUAAUCCGCAGGCAGCUCUGUGGGGCUCCUCCCCACCAUGCCAGUGCGGCAGCCCAGCUCCUCCAGUGGCAGGGCGGCAGGGCAGCAAGUCUUUGCCAUGUUGUGGUGGUCUCUCCUCAGUGCCCUGCUCUGGGGCCCUGGCUUUGUCCUGCUCAUGCUGGUCCUCCUGCUUAGACGAAGUGUGCGGCUCUGGCAUGAGUCUUAUCUUUGGGACCUCCAGCAGUGCGCUGCAGACCUAACUGGGAAGACAGCGGUGGUGACUGGAGCCAGCAGCGGCAUCGGGAAGGCUGUAUCCCAGGAGCUGGCCUGCCGUGGGGCCCGUGUGAUUCUCGCCUGCCGCAACUGGGAGCGUGGACAGCAAGCCCUGGCUGAGAUCCAAGCAGCCUCAAAGAACAACUGCCUCCUGCUUUGCCAGGUGGACUUGAGCUCUAUGGCCUCCAUCCGGAGCUUUGCCCGCUGGCUUCUGCAGGAGUAUCCUGAGAUACAUCUGCUCGUUAACAAUGCUGGAAUCUGCGGAUUCCCCAGGACACUUACCCCAGAGGGCCUUGAUCUCACCUUUGCCACUAACUAUGUUGGGCCCUUUCUGCUUACAAAUCUACUCCAAGGGGCCCUACAACGGGCAGGGUCAGCCCGGGUAGUGAAUGUGUCUUCCUUUCGGCAUGCAUAUGGGUAUGUUGAUGAGAAGCACCUGACAGGGGCUGGUAAGCCUUUGGCCUUUAACCAGAACUAUGACUGCAGCAAACUGCUCUUGACCUCCUUCACUGGGGAGCUUGCCCGGAGACUUCAAGGGACAGGUGUGACUGUGAACUCCGUGGACCCAGGCGUAGUAUACACAGAGAUCAUGAAGCAUUUCUCUUGGUCCUACCGCUUCGUCUUCUGGCUCUUCACCUUCUUCUGUAAGGUGGGGAGGGGAGGAGCUGGCUCAGUCUGGACAGGGAGAGGCAGGGCUGUGCUUCUGUGUGUCCCCAGCAAGGGAGAGACAGCUUGGCCUGACUCCUCUUCCCCUCUACAGGACAUUAGACAAGGUGCGAUCCCAGUCCUCUACCUGAGCUUGGCAAAGGAGCUGGAUGGUGUUUCUGGAAAAUAUUUUAGCAGUUCCUGUAUGAUAACUCUUCCCACUAAAGCUGCUCACGAUCCCCAAGUGGCCCAAAGCCUCUGGAAUGCCUCGGUCCGGCUAACAAACCUCGAUAAGAUGGACUGAUCCUCUGGGACCCCUGCCCUGACUUGCCAUCCAGUCGACUCCCAGCCCUUACUCUGAUCGUGCCUUUUGUUUAUUGGCUCCAAGCAUCAAUCUUCUUGUUUGGUAUAACGAUCACUUCCUCUUCUUGUUGGCUCAGGGACAUGAAAGCUCACAUUAGCCAGAGGAUAGUUUCAGCUUCUACUUUACUGCCAGUUCUCUGAUGAAAGUGUUCCUCCCUUGGCUACUAGGAUCUCCCAACCUACAGAAUCCCACUUUGUGGCGAGAGGGAGUCAAACUCCUUCCAGUGGGAAUUAGGGGUCCUGGUGAGAAGGGAAACUUCCACGUGUACCUCUUGGUUUCUUCAUGUGUGCUUCCUGGUUUGGGGCAGACAGCACCACAUCGUGCCCUCUGGAUUAAAGCAUUUACCGCAUCCUGUAGGACAGCACUUCACAGAGGGUUGUCUCCCAACUGGUACUGUAGCUGAGCAGAUGAUCGUUCCACCUUUCCAUCAGACCAAGCCAACGUCACGAGCAACAAGCCAAGCAAUGAGACCGGUGAAUUCUGGUGCUGGGAGCCCAUUGUUUUUCUCUCAGGGUCUUUGUUCAUCUAUAUACAUUUUGGGAUCAGCUCUUCAAAUUUCACACACA